CCUUCCGACGGCUCUUUCGCUUCUACCGGCAGCGCGACGCGUCGGACCUGCGCGGUGUGGUGGACUUCUCCGCGCCGGGGGGCCAGGUAACGCGCGGCUCGCCCUGCUCUCGGCCCGUCCCGCAGCGGUGUGGCGGCGGGUCGGCGCGGGGCCGCUGCUGCCCGCCCUGCUCGACGUCACGGCCCCCGUGCCGUCGCGGGCUGGGAGCGCUACCCGGCGGCGCGGAGCCUCUCGUGUGGUGCUGCAGUGAUUGAACGCUCGUUGCCUGAGCAGAGCCGAGCAGCGGAGGAAGAGAGCGCAGCGCUGAGUGCCCCGGUACCCGAGGCCUCGAGCCGGGCCCUGGGGGCCAGCAGCCCGCAGGGUUACGGGCCCUGCCCGGCGGCACGAGGGCCGGCCUAGGCACCACACGCAGCCACACGUUUGCCACCUUCGCUUAUCCAGUGAUCUCCCUGUGCUGCAGCUAAUGGAACCGUGUGUUGCUUAAGGGAAGCAAAGGAACAUGUGGACAGAAUAACUCGAGUUUCAUUAUUGGAGCUGGAGCUGUGUCCUGGGCCUGAAAUACCAGGCUGAGCUGGAGAAGGAGCUGGGAUCAGCUUCCUCAUGCUGUACUGUGGGGACCCAAGGUUAAAAACAUCUGACUUUUCUAUAAGAGGAGCUGCAGGCCAGGCAUAUUGUCCCACAUACUGUUGUUUCCUUUCUUUCAAAAACUGAUUGAGCUCUUCAGUGAAGUGUGACAUAUCCCAGCUGCCCUGCCACCAGGCUUAUUUAAUUGAUUCCACACAUGUAAUUCUUCAGCAUAGAAACAGCUCAUGUGCUCCAGAAGCCCCGGCAACAGCUGGUGUGUCAAGCAGUUUGAGAAGGCAAAGUGAUGUCAGCCUUAUUCAAAGAAAGAGCCUUCCCAGGGACAUUCUGCAGACAGGACUCUGAAGUGUUCAGAUCAGAGCUCAGUGUUUCCUCAGUCAGUGAUCAGGAUGCCUACAGAGCGGGGUUACAGCCAAUUAGCCAGUGGAAAGCCUAUGGCCUCAAUGGGUAUCCAGGGUUUAUUUUCAUACCAAACCCUUUCCUUCCGGGCUGCCAGCGUCACUGGGUGAAACAGUGUCUCAAGCUAUACCCCCAGAAACCCAAUGUCUGCAACCUGGACCUGCACAUGGCUCCUGAGAAGACCAUUGAUCUAUGGGGACAGAGCAAGGAGCAGCUGAGAAGGAAAGGUUCCAGUAAAUGGGAACCCAAAAGCUUAUUGGAGAAGCUGCGCUGGGUGACCCUUGGUUACCAUUAUAAUUGGGAUACUAAGAAGUACUCAGCAAAUCACCACACUCCUUUCCCCUCAGACCUUGCGUUCCUGUCAGAGCAAGUGGCUGCAGCCUGUGGGUUCCGGGGUUUCCAAGCCCAAGCAGGGAUCUUGAACUACUAUCAUUUUGACUCUUCGCUGGGAAUUCACGUGGAUGAGUCUGAACUAGACCAUUCUCGGCCCCUGUUGUCGUUCAGUUUUGGACAGUCCUCUAUAUUUUUGCUUGGGGGCCUGAGGCGAGAGGAGGCCCCAACAGCCAUGUUCAUGCACAGUGGAGAUAUCAUGGUGAUGUCUGGCUUCAGCCGCCUGCUGUACCACGCUGUCCCCCGGGUCCUCCCUAACCCUGAAGGGACAGCGCUGCCUGCCUGCCUGGACCAAGCCCUUUCCUCAGACCUUCCUGUGGGCUCAGUCAUCGAGCACAGCUCUGAGGAGGAUUGGCAGGUCUGUGCCAAGUACUUGCAGUCUUCCCGCAUUAAUAUGACUAUUCGGCAGGUGUUGGCUGAGGAUCAGCAAUUUCCAGAAGAAUGUGGGACAAAUGGGAAGGGCCAAGCACCUUCUGAAGACAGUCACCGUCAGGAGAGUAGCAGAGCCAAGAGACAUAAGCCAAAUACAGACAGCUGAGACCAGGGGGUCACGCUGACAUGGACUGCACAGGCAACCUCUAUGUGGAACUGGGAACUCACGGAAUCAUACCAGAAGUCACUUGUCCAUAUUGGGAUUAAUAAACUUCUGCAGAAUAAA